GAUUUUAAGCGGGCUUCAUACCCACAUCCUGCAGUCCGCUCACGAUCUGCUCUCGUCCCGGGAAGCUGUGAGACUCCACCAGCUACAACAUGUAAAACUUGUCAGUCCCGGUGAAUAGAAGCCCUUCGAUCAGAGUGAAACAAGCUGUUGGUAACAUGGGGAAUAACUCUGGGAAAGAAAGACAUGGGUCUUCAGUCACUGUUGUGGAAACGUAUGAAACACCUCCCACCUCGCCAUAUAGUGUUGUUACUACCUGCUCACCAACCACGCAACUGGUGUCCAUUUCCAACUGUACAAGCACAGGCACCCCUGAAUCAACUCAAGAUGCUCUGAGCUCCACCAAUCAGAACGAUGAGCUUCUGUUGGACUGCAGGGCAGAGCCUGCAAAGGAGGCUGAGGAAGGACUUAAGAUGACAGAAUCACCUGAGCAGGUGUCUUGUUCCUCAGAUGUGUGUAUGAAUGGAGACGCAGAAGUGGACGCAAAACUUCUACAGGAGUGUUUGAACACGCUGCAGCUUAACAACACUGAAGAAUCCACGCACAUAUUAAACGAUAUGUUAAAAUGUUUUCUGGUGGAGAGGGAGAAGAUGAAGGAGGACUUGAGAAGCUUUAAGGAGAAGAUUCAGGCAGAACGUGAAGAGUGGCAGCAAUUCCAGGCAGACCUGAAGGUGGCGCUAGUGGUUUCAGACAGACUGAGGGCAGAAGCUGAGGAAGAGCUAAGUACAUUAAGAGCAGCAAGGCAAGACCUGGGUACACAGCUAGCUGAUGCCUUGCAGGGUCGCAGAGAGGUCGAAAGUCAAUUGGAGAGCCUCAGAGUUGAGCUAGAGCAGAGCAAGCAGAAACUGAAGCAGGUCACAGGCAGCCAACAGGGGGCGCCGGCAAUGAGGGGCCUAGAGAGACAAGUGGAGGGUUAUCGGAGGAAAACUGGACCCGAAGAUGAAAUGAAGGGAAAAGGAGAAACGCGCGUCUCUGGUAUUACAGAGAGCUCAAGGAGCCUGUGUCGGCUGCCCUCAGAUUACUCUGAUGUUGUUGUAAAUGGUACAUCCCAACCUUCCGUUACUAUGACAACGGUAUCUACUUCUCAGAUCAAGACUCAAGCAUUAAGUUUAGACCAACAGAACAACAAGACCAGCUCCAUUAGAGAUAAGAAAGUGGGGAAUUCACUCCUACAGAAUUGCAACACUUCGGCUGUAGAUGUGACAAAUAAAAUCAACAGGACAAGGGCACAGGAGGAUUUCCCAUCAGGACUCAGGUCGCUGAGGCUUCACGGCAGCUCCAGACGGAACUCCCUGCUUCGCUGGUGUCAAGGCAGAACUCAGAGAUACAAGAAUAUCGAGAUCACUAAUUUCAGCAGUUGCUGGGUGGAUGGUUUGGCCUUUUGUGCUAUUUACCACAGUUACCUCCCCUCUCAUAUACCAUACGACAAACUCAGUCCAGAAAAUAAGAAAGAGAAUCUCACUCUUGCAUUCAAGACUGGAGAAGGUUUUGGAAUCUCUGCAUCGCUGACGGUGGAGGAGAUGCUAAAAGAUGAAGCACCGGAUUGGCACAGAGUUCUGGAAUACGUGGAGAGCAUCUACCGCCACUUUGAGAUGUAAGACACAAUGCUUUCAUAAUUCCACCGCAGCAACGGUAUAUUCUCAGAGGAGAGAAUCCACCUUCAAGCAGCCUUAAAGUGGACAUGAAAGAUCUGGGAUCAGAUUUUUAAAAAGUAACUAACACUACCACAUGUUCUGACUUCUUCCAAGCAGCAAAUGGAACUACUUGUUUUAUUAUAUUAUUCUGAAGAGCUCUCAAACGGACUUAAGAACUCGUGACUAUAUGCUUUCUUGUUGUGCCUUUAACCAAUCAGCAUAUACAGCUAAGGUGAUUAGCUCAAAAAUGUUUGAGCCAAGAACUGAGAACCCAAAUACUGAGAGGAACUGGAAUGCUAUUGAAUAGCUUGUACUAGUAUUAAAGACUGCCGAGCAGCUCCUGAGAAAGGCUGGAGUCUCUCUGUAAAAUAGCUUUUUUUUUUUUACUUGGAUGAGGAGUGUCUAUCAGUAUGUCUGCCCUCUGUUGGUUUUCAUGUGAUAUUGCAGGUUUCAAUUCGUCAUUUUGCUCUUUUUUGUAUUCUGAUUCUUAUACAGUAAGACCUGGACUACAGUAUAAAUAUCAGAUCACAGAAAUCGUUAUUCUUGAAUGUGUGCCAUGUUUUUUUCGCUGUGAUCUGAUUAAGGAACCGAGCUGAUUCAUUCAGCAGCUGUAAUAUUAUCCUGUUUUCUUUGAGCCCCAUAACCAUCACUGAUACCCUGAAACACCAAAGUACCAUCGCUGUGAUCCCGUGAGGUCUCAAAGACAGGCAUUAAUAAAUCAAUGUUUCGUUUUCACUGUUUA